CCGCACCGCUCCGCCCCCGCCCAGGCCCCAGAGCUGCUGCGGGAGCCAGGAGUAAUUUAUCUUUGCCUGGCGCGGGUUGGGAUUGCCCGGCUCUGAUGCCAAAGAGGAAGGCGUGCGGAUAACGAAAAGUACUGAAGUCCUAAUAUCACCAUUUCUUCUAAGUUCCUGGACACUGAUCCGGAGGAGGAUUCUGCAGUUCAACACCAAGGUCCCUGCGCGUUUUAUUGCGACCUGCCGGUGGGAACUUUGUCUCCGAGUCGGAGCAGCAUGGAGCGGCGGAGCGAGAGCCCGUGUCUGCGGGACAGCCCCGACCGGCGGAGCGGCAGCCCCGACGUCAAGGGGCCUCCCCCGGUGAAGGUGGCCCGGCUGGAGCAGAACGGCAGCCCCAUGGGAGCCCGCGGGAGGCCCAACGGCGCCGUGGCCAAGGCCGUGGGAGGUUUGAUGAUUCCUGUCUUUUGUGUGGUGGAGCAGUUGGAUGGCUCUCUUGAAUAUGACAACAGAGAAGAACAUGCAGAGUUUGUCCUGGUUCGAAAAGAUGUGCUUUUUAGCCAGCUGGUGGAGACCGCGCUCCUGGCCCUGGGGUACUCCCACAGCUCCGCAGCUCAGGCACAAGGAAUAAUCAAGCUGGGGAGGUGGAACCCUCUCCCCCUCAGCUAUGUGACAGAUGCCCCCGACGCAACAGUGGCCGACAUGCUGCAAGAUGUCUAUCAUGUUGUGACGUUGAAAAUCCAAUUACAAAGUUGUUCGAAGUUGGAAGAUUUGCCUGCGGAGCAGUGGAAUCAUGCCACAGUCCGCAAUGCCUUAAAGGAACUGCUCAAAGAGAUGAACCAGAGCACAUUAGCCAAAGAAUGCCCUCUCUCCCAGAGUAUGAUUUCAUCCAUUGUAAAUAGCACAUAUUAUGCCAACGUGUCAGCAACCAAGUGCCAGGAGUUUGGGAGAUGGUAUAAGAAGUACAAGAAGAUUAAAGUGGAAAGAGUGGAACGAGAAAACCUUUCAGACUAUUGUGUUCUGGGCCAGCGUCCAAUGCAUUUACCAAAUAUGAACCAGCUGGCAUCCUUGGGGAAAACCAACGAACAGUCUCCUCAUAGCCAAAUCCACCACAGUACUCCAAUCCGAAACCAAGUGCCCGCAUUACAGCCCAUCAUGAGCCCUGGUCUUCUUUCUCCCCAGCUCAGUCCACAACUUGUUAGGCAACAAAUAGCCAUGGCCCAUCUGAUAAACCAACAGAUUGCCGUUAGCCGGCUCCUGGCUCACCAGCAUCCUCAAGCCAUCAACCAGCAGUUCCUGAACCAUCCACCCAUUCCCAGAGCAGUUAAGCCAGAGCCAACCAACUCUUCUGUAGAAGUCUCUCCAGAUAUCUACCAGCAAGUCAGAGAUGAGCUGAAGAGGGCCAGUGUGUCCCAAGCUGUCUUUGCAAGAGUGGCAUUCAACCGCACACAGGGAUUGUUGUCUGAGAUUUUGCGUAAGGAAGAAGACCCUCGGACAGCCUCUCAGUCUCUUUUAGUAAACCUGAGGGCCAUGCAGAAUUUCCUCAAUCUGCCGGAAGUGGAGCGGGAUCGCAUUUACCAGGACGAGAGGGAACGGAGCAUGAAUCCCAAUGUGAGCAUGGUCUCGUCAGCCUCUAGCAGUCCCAGCUCCUCCCGAACCCCUCAGGCCAAAACCUCGACACCGACAACAGACCUCCCCAUUAAGGUGGACGGCGCCAACGUCAACAUCACAGCUGCCAUUUAUGACGAGAUCCAACAGGAGAUGAAAAGGGCCAAGGUGUCUCAAGCCCUGUUUGCCAAAGUGGCUGCAAAUAAAAGUCAGGGCUGGCUGUGUGAACUGCUCCGCUGGAAGGAGAACCCCAGCCCAGAGAACCGCACACUCUGGGAGAACCUGUGUACCAUCCGUCGCUUCCUGAACCUUCCCCAGCAUGAGAGGGAUGUGAUCUAUGAGGAAGAGUCAAGGCAUCACCACAGCGAGCGCAUGCAGCACGUGGUCCAGCUUCCCCCUGAGCCAGUACAGGUCCUUCAUAGACAGCAGUCUCAGCCAGCUAAGGAGAGUUCCCCUCCCAGAGAAGAAGCUCCACCCCCACCUCCUCCGACUGAAGACAGUUGUGCCAAAAAGCCCCGGUCUCGCACAAAGAUCUCCCUGGAAGCCCUGGGAAUCCUCCAAAGCUUUAUUCAUGAUGUGGGCCUGUACCCUGAUCAGGAAGCUAUCCACACGCUUUCUGCUCAGCUGGAUCUCCCCAAACACACCAUCAUCAAGUUCUUCCAGAACCAGCGGUAUCAUGUGAAGCAUCAUGGGAAGCUCAAGGAACACCUGGGCUCCGCGGUGGACGUGGCUGAGUAUAAGGACGAGGAGCUGCUGACAGAGUCCGAGGAGAACGACAGUGAGGAAGGCUCUGAGGAGAUGUACAAAGUAGAGGCCGAGGAGGAAAAUGCUGAAAAGAGCAAGGCCGCGCCUGCUGAAAUCGACCAGAGAUAAUGUGAACUCCUACCAGGCAAAGCAAUACAUCGGUCCAAGGAUUUUCUGUUUUAAUUUCUUUAAAAACUUUUUUUUUUUUGCUUUAUUUUAUUUUAUUUUUGUCUGUUUUGUUUUUCUUACCUUUUUUGACAUUUUUUUGUUGCACAGGAUACACCUAUAGACUGAAUAAGUUCAGUAUUCCCGAAUCAGACAUCGCCUUGGCAAAGACACUAAAGUGUUACACUUUUACAAUUGACUGGAUCAUAGUAAUUAUAAUCACAGGAAACUCUGCCUUCAUUAUCCUUGCACUUACGGAAGAGACAUCAGGCAAGUUCCAGGACGAAAAGACCUACGAAACAAAUGAAGGAAGCUACAAGUGUGUGUGUAUAUGUAUAUGUAUAUAUCUAUAUAUUUACAUAUAUAUAUUAAAUUGCAUGGGACAGAGAACUUUACAAUCUGAAAGAAUAGACUGUGAAAUGAGUUCUUAAAGAAGAGACUUGUUUAUGUAUUAAAAAAAAACCACUUCACAGUGAGUCGCUUUGGCUUUUUGAUAAACUGCGGCCUGCUCUCAGGGUGGGGUGACUAUUUUUGAAUUCCUAUUUAUUUUCUGUGUUUGUCCCUGAUUUUUUUUUUUUUUUUUUUAAUUCUAUGGCUUCCUAUCUGGCAGCUUGAUGGGUAAUUUUUGAGGUAUGUAUUUAAACAAAAUAAAUCAACACUGCCAAAAAGAAAGAAGAAAGUGGAAAAAAAAUCAGGGCACCUUAAAAUGAUACAAGUCAAAUUGCUCUUAAGACACAAUGCACACUUAAAAUGACUCGACGUGUUCCGUUAUUCAACUUGUCAUUACUGUAGUGAACAGAUGCAUUUCUGUGGAAUUCCAAAUGAAUAAAACUGAAAUUCAGUACAGAGAAAACUUGUCUUGAUAAAAUGACGUUUUGACGUUGGACGUAUGGAAUUCAUAGUAUGAGCCACAUUUUAUUGUGAAACUUAUUUACCUGUUCGUGGCUUCAGAUCUUAAAAUGAAUAAGCCUGCUCAUUUAAAAGUUGUUUGUUGUUGCUGUUUUCUCUUUUUCUUUUUUCUCCUUUUUUUUUUUUUUAAUAGAAAAUAGUUCAAUGUAAUGUUAAGUUAGAAAAGAAGUUGCCGCCCAGUUAAAGGGGUUCCCUCUCAAAUAAACCUCCAUCCUUCCAUCUCCCAAAAGAUGUUUCCUAUUUCUGUUUCACUUUGGGCUUCCUCUUCUUCGUCCACAUUCCAUCCACCUGACCAAACUUCUAGAGUCCCUGCUCUCACAUGCCUCAUCCCUUCCCUGGUAUGGCAGCCCUAAUAAGAACCUUUCUUUGAAUCAUUGUGCAGCUCCAGGCAAUAGAGUAAGCGAAGCGAUUUCGGUGGAAUCACCUACUCAUCGUAAACGGAAACAUUUUCUCAGUUACCGACAUAGCAAUUACCUUACGUAAAGCAGAACUAAUGCCGACUGGCUGUUUAGUGGAAUGAGCAUUAAAGCUGCAACCUACUAUAGCUCUCCAAACCUCCUGUAGCUUCCUGUCAGAAGCACCAGUAGCAUUUCUUCCCACUUGUACUUAGAGUAAUUGCAAGAGGUGACCUCACCUGCAGGACUGGCCUUGCAAACCUAACCCAUGCUUCACCUUGGCCGCCAGACAGUCCCACACGGUUGGAUUUUUUUGGAGUUCUGCUCUCAUGCAACCUUGUCAAAGACCUCAUGCAAUAUCACUUUGAAAGUUAUUUUCUGUUUACUACACAGACAUUGUAAUAUAACUGUUAAUACUAUUUAUAUAUUUGAAAGGUAUAAAAGGUAGGAGUUAAAAAAAAACAAAACCUCUAUGUGUAGAUAUUAACUCAGAACUUACAAUAUACAGGGAGAAGACAUGUUGCAAUACAAGCUAAUUCUAGCUGCUCAGUAACCUCUGGAGUUUUUAAAGGGACAUUUUCCUGUACUUUUUCAAAUAACGAUGUUGAAAAAAUUAUCUUGACACGAGCGUCACAUACCUUUGCAAAAGGAUGGUUGUUUGCAGUUAAGCCCCGGGCCCAUCCUUCUGCUGCCGUAGUAUGCUGCAGCUUUAAUCCGAAAGUCCACGCUUGCUGCUUCCUGAUCUCCGAGUUACUCUUUCCAAAUUGUCUUCUUACACUGUUGCUGAAGGUCACUCUGUACAUGUAAUGGAAACUGAUGUUGCCAAGCUCUUACAAGGUGGUUCAUCUAUCGAUGGCAUCCGCAUUUGGUAUCUUUUACACUUCAACCAAAAAUUUGUUAGGUAUUUUUCAAUGCUAAGUCUUGCCUUUUAUUUUUUAAUUUCACUGCCAAGUUUGCAGUGAUUCUAAGUGAAUCUGUGGGCAUUUUAGCCUGUGGUCUUGCCAGAUCUUUGCGAAUUACAAUGCAUAUAUGUCUAUUUAUUCAAUAUCUGUCAUAUAAUAUCUAUUUGGAAGAAGAAACUUUCUCUUGUAGUGCCUCUUGACAAAGCACAAUUUCCCGCCUUUUUUUUUUUUUUUUUUUGUGAAAUGAAAAAACAAAUUGUGUUUUAUUGCGGUAUCAACAAUGUGAAUAAGGAUUAACAUAUUGUAAAUGUUCUUUUUUCCAUGUAAAUCAACUAUCUUUGUUAUCACUAAGUGAUAAUUAAUUUUUAACUUAUGUGCAUUGUUAGGCUGUUAGAAUUUUUUGGUUGUUAAAAUAAAACGCAUUCAAUAAAUAUGA